AUGUCAUGGGGUUAUCGUGUUAUCACUGUGACUGCUGCUGUACCAUACUUCGAGCCGACGGAGAUCAUCGGUGACCCAAAAGAGAUAAGUCUACAGCUCGACGCAGUCGUGUCUGCCCCUCUGUCGAUUGAAGAACGCGAGGGAGUGACCGCCCACCCCUCUGCCUCGAGUGUCUCAAGGCGUAGUGUAUCCAACUCACUCCUCUACCGUACUUUCACACAUGACCCAUCCGAAUCUGCCUGUCAAAAUCUUCACGACGAGAAUGCUUCGACUGAUUGCCCUAAUGAUGUUGAUGCACCUCUCAAACCUGCCACCACUCAAGCAGGACCAACGAAUGAAGAGACCCUUGGCCGUGAAGGCAAGGGCAAAGAAAAGCCUGAGACGGGCCCUCGUCACCUGGGCUGGUCCGGCAUUGGACCGGCGAAGACUCCCCUUCUAUCUUCGAUCGGCAGUUCAGUCAACCAAUUCUUGACCGAUCAUCCUUCUCUUUCGUUCCUUGCUGCUCUUGAAGAUAAAUCGAAAGUGAACAUUUUGGGCGUCAUUCUUCAAGUCGGCAAGCUCGUCACCAAGCCAAUUGCGAUGAGAUCUGCGUCUGUUGCCCUUGAUGGCUCGACCCAACAAGCCUCGACCAAGCAAAAGUCCCGUAUGCUGUGUGAAGUCCAAGUGGUGGACAAAGAAGGCCAUGUUGUACGUGUCACGAUGUGGAAUUCUCGAGCGAAGAUCUUCAGUGGAAAGCACGGUCAGGUCUUGCACGUCAUGAACUCCGUGGUUGAGCACCGUGGAGGGGUGACCUUGAAUUCAAGCGAGAAGACCGAAUUCCCUCUGAACCCAAAGAUUGAAGAGGCGGAUGAACUGAAACAGUGGUUUACCGAUGGUUUCGAUGAGGCUGCGCUUAAGCAUAUCUCUUGUGGUUAUUCCAAGGAAGGCGGUCUGACUUCGACCACGCUGGAGGAGCUCCCGAAAGUCUUGACGAAAGCUCAAGUCCGCGCGUCGAGGCUCGGUCAUGGAGACUGCAUCGACUACUUCAAUAUG